ACUCGGAUUUCCACGUUCAGUUUCUAUUCCGUCCAGGCCAAUUUGCCUUGACAGCUGGAAUUUCUCCCCUUGUUUUUGUUUUUGACAACCUCCUGAGCUUAAAAGCGAUAUAAAUUUAGGAGCUGGAGCUGGAAGUCCCAAUCCGGUGUAUCAACCUGCUCCGGUGCAUAUUUCAUUUCCUCUUCCCUCCUCCUCCCUCCUUCUUCUUCCUCUUCCUCGCUCCGGUUUUGCCUCUGGGAAAUUGGGAUGUUAAUCUACUUCGGUUGCUUCGGCUCUCUUGCAAAGAAAUCCUUGUGGGCCCAAAGGCAGAAGCAUUUCAAAGCCUGGUUGAAAUUUCAACGCCUUGUCAAUUUCAACGCCUGGUUUUUAAGGAUCAGUCCCUCUCCCUUUUUUAAAUAAUAAUAAUAAUAUCGACCUAUUUAUCUAAAGAGGCCAAACCUUUGUGGUCUGGGUUUUUCCCCACCCUGCUUUCGCUUUUAAAAGGUGGACAAAAGUUUGUAAUCUAUUUUUCUUUUCGUUGGUUGUUGUUUUUUUGGUGGUUCUUUUUCUGGGUAGGCAACGCCAUGUCUGCUAAAGAUAAUCCUUGCAGGAAAUUUCAAGCUAACAUUUUUAACAAGAGCAAAUGUCAGAAUUGUUUCAAGCCUCGGGAAUCGCAUUUACUCAACGACGAAGAUUUAAAUCAGGCCAAGCCUAUUUAUGGCGGAUGGCUUUUGCUGGCACCGGAAGGCACCGAUUUUGACAACCCCGUGCAUCGCUCUCGGAAAUGGCAGCGCCGGUUCUUCAUCCUCUACGAGCACGGCCUCCUCCGCUACGCCUUGGACGAGAUGCCGACCACGCUGCCACAGGGCACCAUCAACAUGAACCAGUGUACGGACGUCGUAGACGGAGAGAGCAGGACUGGGCAGAAGUUCUCCCUUUGCAUCCUGACACCCGAGAAGGAGCAUUUCAUCCGAGCCGAGAACAAAGAGAUCAUCAGUGGGUGGUUGGAGAUGUUGGUUGUCUAUCCAAGAACGAACAAGCAGAACCAGAAGAAGAAGAGGAAAGUGGAGCCUCCAACUCCUCAGGAACCCGGGCCAGCAAAGAUGGCCGUGACCAGCAGCAACAUCCCCAGUGCAGAGAAGGUGCCGACCACCAAGUCCACGCUUUGGCAGGAAGAAAUGAAGGGCAAAGACCAACCUGAUGGAAACGGGGGCAUGAGCCCGGCCUCCAGCCCUGUGCAAGGCCAGGCCCCCCCCAGCUGCUCCCUCAAAGAACCGACGCUGGACGGCAAAGAAGAUGAGAGCGCCAUGAACGGCGACCGAAAUGACGGUGGCCGCAAGACGCGUGUUGAGAGCGGCUAUUUUUCCUUGGAGAAGACCAAGCAGGACGCUAAGCCGGAAGAGCAGCAGCUGCCCUCCCUGCCGUCCCCGCCCAGCCCCGGCGUCCCGAACAACAGGUACAGUGAGCCCGUAUCGCCCUCCCAGGAGCAGAGUCGCCCCUUUCCUUCCCCAGGUACCCAGCCCGGCAGCCGAAUGGUUUACAGCUUCUCUCUCAAUUCCCUGGACUCGAGAGGCGGCUACCCUGCCACACUCACGGACUCGGCUGGCGGAGAGGGGGCCCGGGGAGCGGAGAGGCCGGGCCGCCCCCUUCCCUUUAGAGCCAGCCGGCAGUACGCCACCCUGGCCGACGUCCCCAAGGCCGUUCGGAUCAGUAACCGCGACGCCUUCCAAGUGGAGCGGAAACGACUGGAGCGCAGGACCCGGGCCCGCAGCCCUGGGAGAGAAGAAGUGGCCCGGCUCUUUGGCAACGAAAGGAGACGAUCCCAAGUUAUUGAAAAAUUUGAGGCCUUAGACAUCGAGAACGCCGAACACAUGGAGACCAACGCGUCCACCGGUCCCACCCUCUCCAGUGAGACUCGGCAGGGCCGGAGUGAGAAGAGGGUUUCGCCAAGGAAACGGGACUUCGUUGCUGAAACGGCGACCGGCUCCAUCCUGGACGUGUCGACUUCUCCUUUGUCCCCACACCGAAGAGCUAAAUCGCUGGACAGACGGUCUACGGAGUCCUCCAUGACGCCUGACCUGCUGAACUUCAAGAAAGGAUGGCUGACCAAGCAGUAUGAAGACGGGCAGUGGAAGAAACACUGGUUUGUGCUGACGGAUCAAAGCCUGAGAUACUACAGGGAUUCUGUGGCAGAGGAGGCUGCUGAUUUGGAUGGGGAAAUUGACUUGUCGACGUGUUUUGACGUCACGGAAUAUCCUGUCCAGCGGAAUUAUGGCUUCCAGAUCCAUACUAAAGAAGGCGAGUUCACCCUCUCUGCCAUGACUUCUGGGAUUCGCCGGAACUGGAUCCAGACCAUUAUGAAGCAUGUGCGCCCCACCACAGCUCCAGAUGUAACCAGCUCGUUGCCAGAGGAGAAAAGCAAAACCAGCUCGUCCUUCGAGGCUUGCCCUAAGCCAAGUGAGAAGCAGGACUUGGAGCCGGCCGAAAUAGACCCCGAGCACAAACGCAGCCGGGCCCGGGAACGCCGGCGAGAGGGGCGCUCCAAGACGUUCGACUGGGCCGAGUUCCGCCCCAUCCAGCAAGCCCUGGCCCAGGAGCGGGCCAGUCUGGCCGAGACGUCCAAGGGCAGCGCCGGCGCCCCGCCGUUCCUCAAGGAGCCCGGCUCCUCGGAGACAGACCCCGGGGAACUCGAGCGAGAGCGGGCCCGGCGGAGAGAGGAGAGGCGGAAACGCUUCGAGAGCCUGGAUGCCCCUGACGGGGGAGGCCCGGAAGACUUCUCCAGGAUGGAGGUGGACAGGCUCCCGGGGUUACCCGUCGCUUCCGAAACCAAGUCGCCAAACGUCCACGUGGAGAUAGAACAACGGUGGCACCAAGUGGAGACCACCCCUCUGCGCGAGGAGAAGCAAGUGCCCAUCGCCCCUCUGCACCUGGCGCAUCCCGACAACAGCAACGAGGGCCCCCACAAGCAGCACCUCACCACACUCCUGGAGAAAGAGCUGGAGCAGAGCCAGAAGGCAGCCUCGGAUCUCUUGGAGCAGAACCGCGCCCUUCAGGACCAGCUGAAAGUAGCCUUGGGCCGUGAGCAGAGCGCACGGGAAGGCUACGUCCUGCAGACUGAGGUGGCCACAUCCUCAUCGGGGGCCUGGCAGAGGCUCCAUAAAGUCAACCGAGACCUCCAGGGUGAGCUGGAAGCCCAGUGUCAACGCCAGGAGCUGAUCAAUCAACAGAUCCAGUCGCUCAAGCGCAGCUACGGCGAGGCCAAAGACGUCAUACGGCAUCACGAGGCGGAGAUCCAGAGCCUGCAAGCGAGGCUCGGCAACGCGGCGGCGGAGCUCUCCAUCAAAGAGCAGACUCUGGCCAAGCUGAAGAGCGACUUGAAGGCAGAGAAGAAGAAGGCGCAAGAGCAGAUGGACGAGUGGCAGCACAGUGAAACGGCGCUGAGCUCCCAGCUGAAAGCCAGCGAGCAGAAACUCAAGAAGGCGGAAGCUCUCCUCUUGGAGAAGACCCAAGAGCUGAGGCACCUGGAGACGCAGCAGGCUUUGCAGAGGGACUACCAGAAAGAAGUCCAGCGGCUGCAGGAUCGGAUUGCCGACCUGAGCCGGCAGCUGAGCGCCAGCGAGCAGUCCCGCAUGUCGAUGGAAGAGAAGCUCCAGAAGAAUUACGAGGCUUUGCUCGAAAGCUGCGAGAGGGAGAAGCAGGUCCUGAUCCAGAGCUUGAAGGAAGUGGAGGAUAAAGCCAGUGAGUACGAGAAUGAGCUUCAGAACAACGCGCAGCAGAUGGAAAUCCUGCAGAAGGAGAAACUGACUGCCAAAUUCGAAAGCAGCGAAAUCAUCCACCAGCUGGAGGAGCAGCUGGAAAUGAAAGAAGACAGCAUCCAGAAGCUUGUUGAGCACAUCAAGAGCCUCGAAGAGGAAAGGGAUCGGAUUAAGUGCCGCUUCCAAGAACUGAUGAACCAAGUUGCCGAGUCGGAUAACGAAGUUGCCAAGCUGCAAGCCAAGCUGCAGCUGGAGGAGAGCAACUACCACACACUGGAGCGUUCCUACGAGGCGGUGUCGGGACAGUUCCAGAACUUGCAGAAGGUCUUGAAAGAAAAAGAGGAGGAGUUGAGAGCGGUGAGGGAAACUCAUUUGAGAGUUAUUGAAAAGAACGAUCAGGACGCUUCUGAGCCUUUUUUAAAAAUGGCGGACGUGAGUAGCAAUCUGGAAGAAAUGGAAGGAAACCAGCAGGCCGACGAAGAUGAGAGUCUAGCAUUAUGUGUUGUAACGGCCCCCACUGAUGCUGGUCGAGUGGUAGAGUCGGCACAUAUACAAGGAAGGCUUCCAGUCUUCGAUUGCAUGCUUGUGGACGAUGAUAAAGAUGAAGGCUCCAGUACCAGUAAGAGGCAGAUAUGUGCACAUACAGCGUUGAGCACAGAAGAGUGUAAGGCUCCACCAAAGUCUAUAGACCUUCGCGAUAGGGAGAGUUGUCUAAAGGAUUCGGCGAAACCCGAUGCAGAAAUCCCGGGAGCGAAAAGGCAAAGGAUCCGCUUCUCCAACAUCCAGUGCCAAAAAUACAUUCACCCUGAUGGAUCGGAGAAGACAUGGACCAGCAGCACUUCCUCAGACACCAGCCAGGACAGAUCACUUUCUGAAGAUAGCGCAUCUUCAGAACCAGCUCCCUGUUACGCAGCGUCGGGCGAUUCCGAAACUUACCUGUCUAUCAUUCACUCUCUGGAAACCAAACUUUAUAUCACGGAAGAAAAGCUCAAAGAUGUAACCAUGAAACUUGAAAGCCAACAGGGCCAUAAUCAAGACGCCCUCAUUGCGCUCCACCACCAGUGGGCCAACACGGAAGCACAGCUGAGAGAACAGCUUCAGGAGAGCUUUACUCAAGUCAGCAUGCUGCUUUCACAGCUGGAGAGCGAGAAGCAAGAAAAGCUCAAGCUCACUGAGGACCACAUCCCUGAACUGGGAGGGCUCCACAGGAGAAAUGACCAAGCCUUGCUGUGCUUAAAGCAAUGCAGGGAACAGCUAAGAACUUUGCCCAGAUCCAACAAGGAAAAAGAGAGAGAGAUUUUUUGUGAUUCCCUAUCCAGUAUGGAAUCUACUCUGUCUAACGCAAUCCAUGUGUUAGAACAGUCACUUUCUUUGCCUCAUCGCAAGCCCAAAGAACGUCCUACAUCCCAGGCUUUGCAUGCAGAAGGCAGCUGCUUGGAGGAGGAAUCUUUUCCCCAGCAGCAAGUAGAAUUUUCUGGGCACGGGCAGUUGAGGUUGCUUUCCAGGAGGGUGGCUUUUGAAGCCUGUUUGAUAAACCAGAUAGCAGAGUCUUUGAGAGACGCAACUUCCAAGAUUUCUUUGGCCCUUAGAGAGAUUCAUGGUACAGUAGAUGCAGUCUUAUUAGAGCCUUCCAACGUUUCACAUACCGCCGUGGCCUUGGCUGACAUUUUAUCCAGAAAGCUGGUGUUGGAAGAUGAAUUUUGGAGCCAGGUAGAGGAGUUAAGGAAGCACUUGGGGGCCAAGGAGGAAGAUGAGAAGGGGAAGAUGGAGACUUUGAGCUUAAGUGUCCCACAAGGCCUCAUUCACUCAGUUGCAGACAACACCCUGAUUAAAGCCGAGCUGGGUUUUGUGGCCCAAAAAAUGCGCGAGUCUUUUCAUCAACGAUUGAAGGCCAUUGAAGAAGACCUUCACAAUACCAAAACAGCCCUUCAGCAGCACAAGUGCAUGUUGGAGGAAAUCAUUAAAGCAUACAGAACUCCUGAAUUCGAUGGGGUUAUGCAUCAAAUUUCCAAAGCCCUUGAAAUCCAAGAGGACACUUCAGAAAGAGUCCCAUCAGCUUGGGAUGUCAGCCUUCAUGACCACAUGGUAGGAGGCCACAGUUUGCAGGAUUUGAGCAGUCAAGCUUUGGCUGCUGUUCAGGAUGAACUUGCUCAGCAGCUCAAAGACCGAGCAAACAUCCUAAAAGAAAUAUCUGCUGCUCUCCUCUCUCUGUCCCCUGAUGAUGCCCUGAAAGAUUGUCCCAGGCUCCUAAAGAUUUCUUGCAGCCCUCCCUAUGAGAUGUGCAUGGGGGAUCUUGAGCGUUACUCUUCUCUGCUUGUUCAAGAUGCCAUUAUUCAGGCCCAGGUUUGUUAUGGGGCGUACAGAGCAAGGUUAGAGUAUGCUAAGGAGGCAAGGCUCUACCAGGAGUCCCUACAAAAUGUAGAUACCCUGUGUCAGGACCGCAUAAGGGCUGUUGCUGUCCUCAGAGAGGAGUACGAAGAAUUGCUCAGAAAGCAGCAGAGCGAAUAUGCCGAGAUGAUUGCUGCGCUUGAAAAAGAGAACGCAGACCUCAAAGCCAAAGUGGAGCAGCUUGACGGUCAGCGGAAACGACUGGAAGAGGAAGAACAGAAGCAGAGCGAGAAGAUAUCAGCGCUGCAGGGCCGAUAUGAAGAAGAGAUUCAGAAUGUGGCUGAGCAGCUGAACAAGACCGAGGCGGCACUCCAGGCUGAACAAACGGAAGGGCUCCACCGACUAGACGCCCUCGUGCAAGAUAAGCAGAACUUAGAAAAGUACCACCUUGAGCAAAUGCAAACUCUGGACGACGAGUUCCAUGUCAAGAUGAAAGAGCUACAAGGCCUCCACAACCAGGAGAUGCAGACCUUGCAGGAGCACUACAAUCAGAAUUUGCAGUGCUUGCAGGCAACUCUGGAUGAGUACCAGAAGCAGCACCCUGAAACUUUGCCUGGAAUAGCGUCUGGUGCCGGAGUAGCAUGGGGUGUGGGUCAGGUCUCGGAGAGUGAGCUGAGCACCAUGCAUGGUUUGAGAGAGCGCAUUCAAGAGCUGGAAGCCCAAAUGAAUGUCAUGAGAGAUGAGCUGGAGAACAAGCAACUGGAGGGGAACGUGUCCACCUUGCGGGAGAAAUACCAGAAAGAUUUCGAGAACCUGAAGGCAACCUGUGAACGAGGGUUUGCAGCUAUGGAAGAGACUCAUCAGAAAAAGAUCGAGGACUUGCAAAGGCAGCAUCAUCGAGAACUGGAGAAGUUGCGGGAGGAGAAGGAUCGCUUGCUAGCAGAGGAGACGGCGGCUACCAUCUCAGCCAUUGAAGCCAUGAAGAAUGCCCAUCGGGAGGAACUGGAGCGGGAACUGGAGAAGACCCAGCGCUCCCAGAUUAGCAGCAUCAACUCCGACAUCGAAGCCCUCCAGAGGCAAUACCUGGAGGAGCUACAGUCUGUCCAGCGUGAACUCGAAGUCCUCUCUGAGCAGUACUCCCAGAAGUGCUUGGAAAACGCGCACUUGGCCCAGGCCCUGGAGGCAGAGAGGCAGGCCCUCCGUCAGUGCCAGCGGGAGAACCAAGAGCUCAACGCGCACAACCAGGAGCUCAACAACCGCCUGGCUGCAGAAAUCACACAGCUACGGACACUGUUGACUGGGGAAGGUGGAAUUGAGACUGCUGGCUCCCCUCUCACCCAAGGCAAGGAUGCCUAUGAGUUGGAGGUCCUGCUGCGAGUCAAGGAGUCAGAAAUCCAGUACUUGAAGCAGGAGAUCAGUUCUUUGAAGGAUGAAUUACAAACAGCACUGAGGGAUAAGAAAUAUGCCAGUGAUAAGUAUAAAGACAUCUACACAGAACUCAGCAUUGUGAAAGCCAAGGCGGACUGUGACAUCAGCAGGUUGAAAGAGCAGCUCAAGGCAGCCACCGAGGCCCUUGGUGAGAAGUCACCAGAGAACACCACCGUGUCCGGAUACGAUAUCAUGAAAUCCAAAAGCAAUCCUGAUUUCUUGAAGAAAGACAGGACUAGUGUUGGCCGGCAAUUAAGAAAUAUCAGGUCAAAGAGUCUGAAGGAAGGCCUGACGGUGCAGGAACGCCUCAAGCUCUUUGAAUCCAAGGACUUGAAGAAAGACUAGCUCUCUCCUUCCUGUUCAUCUUGACCACGUGCACCUACUCGCUUGCCGCAUCACAGCACAAGCACCCUUUUGGUUUUUGUUCCUUAGGAUUCUCAUUGCUGUUGCUCGUUAUUUUUUUGUACAGAUGCUCCAGAAGAAAAGACUGGAAAAGUGCUGGCAGUUCUUCUGCCCACCGUGAGAUGGACUCCCCGUUUCCUUGCCUUGGCAAGGGAGUAGAGAGAGAUUGGGCAGAUGCCCCCUUUUGGCUCUUCACACACAAAGCCCUUUCUACUGUAUAUCCAUUACACUAAGUGUCAGUAUUAAGGCUCAACAGCCUAUUGAUAAGCUAGCUCUGUUUUACCGAAUGCAUUGGUAUAGUAACAGGGCCCCGGGAGGGGGAAAGGGCAGGAAGGCAACGCACUGUGCUUAGCUCCACCACUGUUAAGAAUACCCCAGCACUUAAGUGCAUGCUUUGAGCCAAACUUUUCACCUCUAAAGCAAAAUACGUAGAUGUUGUUUUGGUACAAGCUCCCACAGUCAAGCUUGAUAGCUACAGCAAGAAAAAUUACAUUAUUUGGGGUGGGGUGGGGUGACAGACACUUGAGACAGAGCUGGUGUGUAUAUUGCAUAGUUCUGCUGUGUGGUCAAAUCUGAAAUCUAUUACCCUAAUGUAGCUUAGAACUCUCCGGGGGAAAAAACUUUUACUAAACUUGUUUGCCAGCAAUUGCAGGUAUUGAGCUAGGAACAACUCCCCACCCCCAACAAGUAAAUUAAAUCAAGAGAACCAUUAUGCAAGUUCCUUGAGGAAUGUCCUUAUGAUGCGCCAGGGAUAACUGUCCCUUACAGCUAAUUUCAGUGCAAGGCCAUGCCUCCUGCCUGUGUGUACAUAGCACAACAUGCCCAAAUUUUCUCACAACUGUGAACUUAGAAUUUGUGUUCUGCCCAGAAGCUCAGUCAUUACGUUUUUAUUUCUUAAAGAAAUUGUUGGCACUUUUGGAAUAGGUCUAUGCCACCUUCCACCAUACAACUGGCAGGAAUGGUACAGAAUUGUAAAUAGAAGGGCUCUUUGCAAACCAGGAAGGGCUUUGGCAUGCUGAUAUGCAAGGCGUUUGGGACAGUACAGCCGAGGUGAGGUCAGCCUCCCAAGCAUAGGUAAAAGCAGAAGUGGGAUCUUAUUCUUGAAUUUGACUUAACAAGUCUAAAUAUAGAUCAAGGAAAGAGUAUUGUCGCCCCUCUGUUCAUGCAAGCUAGCAGCAUCUGCAUGUAGAUAUUCAGUUACAAGAUGGCAGUGGAAAGGGGAGUCUAAAGAGAAGAAGAAUGGCAGGUCACAAGAUAAACCUAAUAAAAGGUGGUAUUUGAAAAAUGGCAGGUCAAGUUGAAGAUAUGUCUGUUAGUUCCAUAAUUUAUCUGAAACAAAGCAGUUCUAUGGAAUCCAUUUAGUUAUUUUUUUCUAUUUACUGGCAGCGAAUAUAUUUACAUUGGCAGUGAAUAUAUUCUUUGAUUUAUUGGAUUCCUAAACUUAAUUGGACUUUCCCAAGUAGGACAAUGUAGAGAGGCAAUGAAUAACGCAUGUACAUUUCAGUACAAAAUCAGGUGGGUAUUGCUCUUUUGAACUUGUUGCUUCAAAUAUUGACAGUUAAUUCUGUAAAUUUCAUGGGCGAGAUGUUUUCUGUAUUUUAAAGUAGUUUACCUGCUUUGCUGAUUGCUGCAUUCUCCUCUAAUUCUGUAGACUUCAGAUUAUUUGAGGUGGAUUUUUGCUCUUUAGCCUAUCCACACUAAAAACUUUUGAGCUUUUGGGCAGACACAAAUGUGUAAAGUGAAGUUUUGCAAUCACUUGCUAGCAAGGUCAACUCAUUUCUCUUGCAGCUUCAUCUUGUUCCAUCAGACAGUUUCAUAGUAAUAAAAAGUAGCUUUUUCCAAGUAACAGCUUAUUUGGAGCAAAGGAAUACACAAGGCAUGUUAGGGGUAACUGGGGCCAGGUGUUCUGUGUAUUCUUCGUGUUACUAUCUUUUAAUGUGCCACAGUGAUACUAUUCUGUGGGCCUUUGCUGCUAUUAAUGGCUAAAGCACAGGGUCGUGACAUUUUUACUGUAGUUGUUGCCGCCUUCAAACAGGGCAGUCCCCAUAGAAGAACUUCGGUUUUGUGCUUGUUGCACAUCUGGCAGUUCCUUUUUAAAUUGGGUAUGAGAGAGAUGACAAGUUGGCUGGUUUCCAUUUGAUGUCUCCAGCAGUUUGUACAUCCCCUUAGCUUGCAGAGAACUGUUAUUGCAUAUUGGAAUGACCAGCUUAUGACUAACAGAGGAAGCUGAUGUAGCAAUUAUCUCUGAAAUUAUUUUGCAGGCCUGGUUUUGUUUUCUCUCUUCUUCAGCAUUGACUAGGCUUUUAACUGGACAGAAGAAAUUUAUUUUUCCAUGUUAUUUACCUAAAAUUUGAGAGAAACCUGCCAAAAGAACAAGUUAUCUCUUGCAAAACCAUUUCAUGUUGCUCCAUGUACUUCCUUUUCUAAAAACAGAAAUGUUAUCUUUCCUCUAAGUUUAUAAUAGCCAGUGCUUUUCCAAACAUUUAAAUUGGUGUAAAAAGGAUAGUAAAGCAACCAAACUUCCUUUUGCUCAAGACAGUCUGUACUGCUGUGAUCAAGGUGUUCUUCAUACACAGCAAAGCAAAGUUGGUAUUCUGGGAGUUGUAUUUUUAAAAUGGCUCUUAAAGGUCACAGUAUAUACAUUGUGUGAAUAAAUUGGUAUAUCCUGUUGCAAGCUGCUGCAUUUUAUACAAGCCUACACUACAAAAAUAACCAGAAUGUGUGGUCUUAGUGAAAGUUCAACACAGAUGGAUGUACAGUAUAAAUGUACCUGCAUAAUGGCUUCCUAAACCUUGUCUUUUCCAGAUCAUUUUUCUUCUCUCCUUUUGAAACAAAACCUGUUAAUGAAACUUGUUUUCUUUUAUCCUAUUAUGAAAUGGAAAAGGAGGGUUGCUUGUGCUGCUGUGCAAAAUCCCAAGCAGGCUGUUUUUCCUGUGGCAGAGGCUGCCUGCAAGUAGCCCUAUACGUUGUUUAAAAGAAGUGUCGCUUUUUGUUAUGACAACAUACUUGAUUAGAAUCCCACUGGACUUUUUGCAUUUUGGUGGUUCAUCUGCAGUACUUCAUUGUGAACACUUUAAGCACAUGCACGCUCAGUGUAGCUUAUCUUUCCUUUGUAAUUUUUUCCAUUUUUUAAAAGCUUUGUUAUUCUCUUUAAAAAUAAUUUAAAACCUGUAUAGUAUUCAAAGCACGCAAUGUAAAUAUUUAUUACUCAAAAACUAGUGGAGGGUUUUUUGGGGUGACUUUUUUUUAAUCUUGUUCUAAUACAGAUGUCUUUUUGACUUGGAAAAGGAAAUUAGUGUAACCUGAUAAACCUGCUCUAUGUUCCCUUACAGAAUGUUUGUUGGUUUGUUUGAAUGUUAUAAAUAUAUUUUAAAAUUUCUCUGACACCUUUUUAGUUUUGGAAAUGCCUGUCCAAAGAACAUGUACAGUGUUUCAAAACUUUACCUACGUAUCUAUACACUGACUUUCUUCUCUAUUCAGUUAAAUAAUCUUCAGAGUUGACAGUGGCAUAAACAACACUCGGGUGUGCAGAUACACUAUAUUUAUAUAGUAAUGGUGGUGGUAGCUAUUCUAUCGCUAAGCAUACACCAAUAUUUUUGCAUGGUAACGUAACACUAUUGCAGAGUAAAUCAAGGGUUUCUUGAAGAGAACGGAGUAGAUUUCAAUUCCCACAAUCCACCCUUUCAAGUUACAUGGCAUGGUGUUGUAACAGCAUGGCAGAAUACAGAUAACAUAGGAUGAUUGCUCAAUUUACAGCUACACUAUGUUUCAUUACAAUGUAGUUUUAACAGGAUUGAGUUGCGGUGCUUACCACUAGAGUCUGAGGCAUUUCUCAGUAGAGAGAGGAGUCUUACUGACUGCAUCACUUGGAAGCUCAGGCCAUGCCUAGAACUCCACUAGAGGGUAAAUGAAACAGUAGAACCUAAUUUAGUGCCAACAGAACUAACAAAUCUGGUAAACAUGGAUUGGCUUAGGGUUGUCACUUCCAUUUUGCCAGUAGAAGAACACGGAGUCUAAUCUAGUUUAAAACAACAGCUACCAUGUGUAAGAAAUAGCUAUUGUAAGUGCACAUUUUGCUUUUGAGUUGCAAAAGCCUGUAGUAAUACAAUUCUCCAAUAUGGUACUUGUUUGGACAAAUCUUACAUGUGGCUAAAAAGGUAGGCAUGUGUACAUGUGUGUAAUGUACACACAUUAUCACUACUUGAGAUAUUCCUCGUGCCCACUCACCAGCCUACUUCUAAAACGUAUGGAUGCCAUUUCAGCUUACACUAUAAGCCUGCCUGAACAACAAGCAGACCUACACAAGCUUCAUCUUCAAACUGACCAUCAUUGAUUGCUUUAUGCAGUGGUCAUCCACGAAUCGAGCAUGAGGAGAAUAUACAAUUCCUACAGCUCUACAAACUUCAAGAGGCAGAACAAGGGUGUCUGUUUUUGGAAGGGGCAGCUAUGAUGCUGCCUACCAAAACAGUAACAUUUUUUCAAAAGAGGGAGGUAAAUAAAAGCGAUUCACUAGAGGAUGGAGGGGAGGUCCCCACAAAUCUGCCUGGUGACUAACAUGUCUAAACUGCCUUUUUGCAAAGAAGAAUGUGUUUGAGCCUCCUUCUAUGAGCCUGAAAGGUAUAUAUCUCCUCUUUGUUUUAUUUUCAUGCUUUUUGAAGAGCUAUUUCCCUCUUCAUCUGUUCACUGUAAUAGAAGUAUCACUAAUGUCACAGUAUUUAUAUCUUACAAACUUUGUGUGACAUGCUAGGGUUCCCAUGGAUGUAGCUGAUGAUGAUUUUGUAAAUAUUACUUAAGUAUACAUAAAACUAUAUCGUAAUAAACUAUUUUUGC